CCCAGCUUACAGCCAGGGAGGGAGAAGAGGAGGGACAGAGGCAGAGAGAGAGAAAGAGAGAGAGGGUGUGAGGCUGGAAGUGUGUGAGUAAAGAGAGAGAGGGAGAGAGAGAGUGAGAGAGAAAGAGAAAGAGAGAGAGAGAAGCAGCAGUGCGUUGGAGAGGUUGAAGGAUCACUUCUAUCCCGUCUUGUCUUUGGGAGACUAACCUUGUUCAUCUGAGCGCUGUGGGACUGUUUUAUGUUGUUGUUGUCGAGAGAGACGGACCCUUACUCCAGCAUGCUCACUGAGCCUGAGCUACCUCAGGAGUGUAACAGGAUGUCUUCCAAGCGACCAGCCUCUCCAUAUGGGGGGACAGAUGGAGACAUAACCAUGGCAACCAGCAGACAGCGAAUGGAGGAUGAUGAGAGCGAGGGACUGGGCGGUGUCAUCCACCUCCCCCUGGUCUCCUACUGCAGCAAAGUGUCCCCUCGUUCGCCCGCCAACCGCAGCUUGGACAGCCCCACCAACAUGGACCAGGACGGCACUAAGAGGAGCUCUCUGAGUCCUUUCCCCCAGCACAAUUCUACCUCACCGGGCAAAGAAGAAGGCGGAGGGGGUGGACGGGCCUGCAGCGACGGGGGCUCCUCCGCGGGCGCCCUGGGAACCCCAGAGAGACGCAAGGGCAGCCUGGCAGACGUGGUGGACACACUGAAACAACGCAAGAUGGAGGAGCUGAUCAAGAACGAGCCAGAAGAGGCCCCCAGCAUUGAGAGGCUGUUGUCGAAGGACUGGAAGGAUAAACUUUUGGCCAUGGGCUCAGGGCACAUUGGAGAAAUUAAAGGUACUCCAGACAGCCUGGCGGAGAAAGAGCGCCAGCUCAUGGGCAUGAUUGGUCAGCUGAGCAGCCUGAGGGAGCAGCUCCUGGCGGCCCAUGAAGAGCAGAAGAAGCUGGCCGCCUCGCAGAUGGAGAAGCAGAGGCAACAGAUGGAGCUUGCCAAGCAGCAACAGGACCAGAUUGCCCGGCAACAGCAGCAGCUUCUGCAGCAGCAACACAAAAUCAACCUCCUGCAGCAGCAAAUCCAGCAGGUCCAGGGCCAGCUCCCUCCGCUGAUGAUUCCCGUCUUUCCCCCGGACCAGAGGACACUGGCGGCUGCCGCAGCCCAGCAAGGCUUCCUCAUGCCCCCUGGCUUCAACUACAAGCCUGGCUGCAGUGACCCCUACCCUCUUCAGCUCAUCCCCACAACGAUGGCUGCUGCCGCUGCUGCUGCUGCUGCCACACCUGGCCUUGGAUCCCUACAGCUCCAGCAGUUUUAUGCCGCUCAGCUGGCGGCAAUGCAGGUCUCCUCAGGGGCCAAGCAGCACGGAGGCAGCAUGCAGUCCCAAGCUCACCUGGGCAGACACUCCCCACCCAGCAACACACACUCCCACAGUGACAAAGGGCGCAGCUCCCCACAACAAAACAAGACCAAGGACAGUGAGGGUGCACAGCCACUGAACCUGUCGGCCAAGCCUAAGGCAUCCGAGAGCAAGUCACCCAACUCCCCCCCAACUUCCCCACAGGUCCCUGGUGCCGCUGCUGCCAAGCUGGGCCACGCCGGUUCCAUGAAGCACAGCAUCGCCCCCUCCAGCAUUGGAGGACCACCGACCAGAGUCAGCUCCAUAGACUUGUUGUCAUCGCUGUCUUCAACAGCCUACCUGAGCGACCACGAGGCGGUGAGCAAGGCCUUCGCCGAGGCCCGGCAGAUGAAGGAGCACCUGAAGCGGGAGCAGCAGGUCCUGGACGCAAAGGUGGCGGCCGUCACCAACCUUAGCCUCAACAACGGACGCACGGACAAGGACAAGGCCGCCUUGGAGAGUCUGAGUCAACAGCUGAAGCAGCAGGCGGAGGACAAGUUCAGCCACGCCAUGCUGGACUUCACCAUGAGCGGAGACUCUGACGGCUCCCCCAGCGUGUCGGACUCCAGGAUAUUCCGGGAGGCACGGGGUCGCGGCACUAGCGAGCCUCACAUCAAACGGCCAAUGAACGCCUUCAUGGUCUGGGCCAAGGACGAGCGGAGGAAGAUUCUGCAGGCCUUCCCUGACAUGCACAACUCCAACAUCAGCAAGAUCCUCGGCUCGCGCUGGAAAGCCAUGACCAACCUGGAGAAGCAGCCGUACUACGAGGAGCAGGCUCGCCUCAGCAAGCAGCAUCUGGAAAAGUACCCAGACUACAAGUACAAGCCGAGGCCCAAACGCACCUGCCUGGUGGACGGCAAGAAGCUGCGUAUUGGCGAGUACAAGGCCAUCAUGAGGUCCCGCAGACAGGAAAUGAGACAAUAUUUCAGUGUGGGGCAGCAGGGCCAGCUGCCCUUGUCCUCAGCGGGCGUGGUUUACCCAGGUGCCCUGUCAAUGGCGGGGAUGCCCUCACCCCAGAUGCCCUCUGAGCACUCAAGCAUGUCCAGCAGCCCCGAACCCAACGCCAACCACCACCAGAACCCCCACAUGCCCAGCUUGAAGGGGGGGGAGCCACGCAUCAAGCAGGAGCUGCGGCUGGACGACAGCAACGGCGACGCGUACGACGACUUUGAAUACGAGGACGAAGAGGUCGACUACACCAGCGAUAACGAGAACCAUAUCACCCAAUAGGACGCCGCGAGAGCCGCGUACUUUUAAAAGCCAAUCACAACUGGUUAACCCCCACCCCUUCAAAACAAUCCCAAACCCACCAAUCAGGAGGAAGAACUUUUGCCAAUCACUUUGACUCCCAAUCUCACAACAACCUGCCACCCUUUACCCACCUCCUUACUGACAUGGACUCUUUUAACAGAGCCAGACCCCAACCCUAAUACCCCUCUCCUCUCCCACCGGAGUCCUGAUACCAGCAUCUGAUCAAUCAACUGAAGCACAGGACCUGUCACUCACACUGACUGUUACACAAACCGGAGUCUGGGAGGAGGAGACGACCGGA